AUGCCAGCAGACAAGGGUCCCGCGGGCCCUGGAUGCCUGUCUGGUGGAGAGCCUUUUGAGUGGCAGUUUCUACAAUGUUUCGGGGAGCGCACGCCUGGGGAGGAGGUGCAGGAGGCGGAUGUUAUCUCUGCGGUGGAGUUCGACUCGGAUGGGUCGUACUUGGCAACCGGCGACAAGGGCGGGCGCGUGGUGCUGUUUGAGAAGGUCCCCAUGCAGCAGGUGCAUUUGGGGAGGCGGUACGUGGGCAUGGACCAGCGGGCGCCGCCGCCACUGCCACGGGGGCCGGGGUUUGAAUACCGCUACUUGACAGAGUUCCAGUCACACGAGCCCGAGUUUGAUUACCUCAAGAGCCUGGAAAUUGAGGAGAAGAUCAACAAGGUCCGGUGGGUCCGCAGCAGCAGCAACACCAAGCACAUCAUCUCGACGAACGACAAGACCAUCAAGCUCUGGAAGGUGUAUGAGAAGCGGGUGGCGAGCGUGACGGGCUUCAACGUGGACCGCAGCAGCGGGGGCUUCAUGCCUGUCGGCGCCAACGGCUCGCCGCGGCUGGUCGGCUCCUCGGCGGGCGCCCUCGCGCGCCUGGCGGGCCCGCUGCGCCUGCCCAGCGUCGCCAGCAGCGAGCUCGUCCUGGCUUCGCGCACCAAGCGCGUGUACGCCAAUGCGCACACCUACCACAUCAAUUCCAUCAGCGUCAACAGCGACCAGGAGACCUUCCUGUCCGCGGACGACCUGCGGGUGAACCUUUGGAACCUGGAGGUCACAGAUCAGUCCUUCAACAUCGUGGACAUCAAGCCGCAGAACAUGGAGGACCUGACGGAGGUCAUCACCUCGGCCGAGUUCCACCCGCAGCAGUGCAACGUGUUUGCAUACAGCAGCAGCAAGGGGUGCAUCCGGCUGGCCGACAUGCGGGGGGCGGCGCUGUGCGACCGGCACGCGAAGGCGUUUGAGGAGGCGGACGCGCACACGGUCACCAAGUCUUUUUUCAGCGAGAUCAUCGCGUCAAUCAGCGACAUCCGCUUCAGCCGCGACGGCCGCUACCUGCUGUCACGGGACUACAUGACUGUCAAGCUCUGGGACCUGGCUAAGGAGGACCGGCCCGUGGCAACGUUCAACGUGCACGAGCACCUGCGGCAGAGGCUGUGCGACCUCUACGAGAACGACUGCAUCUUUGACAAGUUUGACUGCUGCAUGAACGGGGACGCCACCUACGUGGCCAGCGGCUCGUACAGCAACUCGUUCCGCGUGUUUGGCGCGGGCAGCGGCGCGGAGGGCACGCUGGAGGCGACGCGGGACCCCAUGCGCAAGCGGAUGCAGACGCCGCCGGCAAAGUCUGGGGGCCGCUUCUCCAUCCGCCCGGGCAGCAAGGGCGGCAUCGGCAAGCGCAGCCCCGGGGAGCAGCCCGAGACGCAGAGCGACUAUGCGAGCAAGCUGCUGCACCUGGCGUGGCACCCGGAGGCCAACGUGGUUGCGUGCGCCGCCUCAAACAGCCUGUACAUGUACUGCGCGUGA